AUGGAUUUCAAACAUUUUGUCCACGUGUUCAACGGAAAGUCGUUCAAUGAAUGGGAGUGUCGACUCAAUGCGUACCUCGAAUUCAAGGAAGUCCUUGAAGUUGUCGAUGGCACUAUGCCUCCAACUCAUGCUGACUUUAUCUCCAAGAACCGUCUUGCCCGAGCCAUUAUCCUGGCAGGUCUUGACAACCACCACGUCCGCAUGGUUUCCAAGCAACCGACUGCUGCGUCCAUGAUGAAGCUCCUCAGCGAACGCUACGGCACCAAGUCCUUUAUGGGCGAAUCCUAUCUGUUUCAAAACCUGAUGGAGAUUCGCAUCCGCCACAACGAAUCUGCCCGUGCGUAUUGCGAUCGUUUCAAGAUCCAUCUGGAUGAAGUACUCGAUGCUGGAAUGACCAUCGACGACAAGCUCCAAGUUCACAUCUUCCUGAACAGCCUCGAUGAGCGGUUUGAAUCCUUUAUCAACUUUCAAGCCCAUGUCUUUCAACACGGCGAAGUCAUCGAUGCCACGACGCUGCCCAAGUUGUUUUGCUGCAAUUAUUCAAGAGGAGAUCCGGAGCUCUUAUUGGUCUUCUGA